GUUCUGAGUUGAUGCGGAUUUGGCCGAUCGAGGAUCAUCUAGUCGAUGGAGGACCCUUCAGUGUUACAGUACAUGCUCUUAUCAAUUAUCAUUAUAGUCGAAGUAACUUUUAAUAAACGAGCUUGCUGCGGUUUAUUGGCAAGGCAUGGUCACAUGGCUCCUGUGAGGUCAUUCACUACGGAAAAAAUUGCCAAGCUUCAUCCUUUUUCCUGUUAAAAGGAAAAAACAAUGACUGACCUUGUACUCCAUAAAAUCCAAAAAGGGAAGUAUAUGAGGCGGAGAAGGACCCAAGACAGGACAAAAAGAACGAAUGAAAAGCUCGCAAGAGCUUCGGCAAUAAGGCCCUACCCAGAAACAUUUUGUUUUGGUGAACCAAGGCUCGUUAUAGGUAACAACAACUGCAAAUACUUCAGCUGAAAGAUAAUAGAAAAUAUGAAACGUCUCGCAAUGCUCUGCAAUGCAUAUUGUAAAUUAAGACUUGGUUUGAUUGCCCAAAAAGGUGUAUGAGAGAAAAUCUCAUGGAAAUUAAAAGACAGGGAUACAAUGUACCAUCAACUGUAUGUAUACUGUAUUGUACAGUUUUAUGUAACAAUUUGGAGCCCGUUUGGUAACACUAAAAUUGGCUGAAUUGGCUGAUUCUGCUGAAAUUUAUGAAGUUCUGGCUGAAGUGGUUGUAUUGGCUGAUUCUGUUGAUUCAUGAAAAAAUUAUAUUUAAAAUAUUUGUUAUUAAUAAAUUAAAUAAAAAAUUAUAUGAAAAAAUAGCUAAAAUGAUCAUCUACAGUAACUUCAGCCAAUGCAUCCAAAAAAAUAACUUCAACCUUACUUUUUAUGCUUAUUACAAACUUCAACGCAAGAAAUCAAAAGUUACGUGUUUGGUGAAAAAGCUGGCUGAUAAGCCUGAUAAGCCGAAAAAAAUGGUCACCAAAUGGGCUCUUGGUAUCUUGGUGCCCCAACUUCUUAGAAAUGAUGACAUGAUGUGGAAGUUCCUUUGACCUUCUAUAGCCAAUUUAUUCUUAUGUGGUACCUUGAAACACUUCCUUCUGUCAUGCCAAUCCCAAAUGCACCAUCCUAUCUUGUAUUACAC